AAGCUCUCCUGCUCAUAGGCCAUGCCGUCGCUGUUGUUGGGCACGGUAGUGCCUUGGUCAUAGUCUGUGGCCUGGGUACCCUUCUCGCCGCCGACAUUGGUCGGGGUCUCGCCGGAAGAUUUGGACUCCAUGGUGGGCUAUCGCAAUGCCGUUGUUAUUGUUGGAGUCGCGGCUGAUGGGUGUGGAAGAGUUGGUGCGAAGAAAGAAGGAAGGAUUAAACAAAGUUAUGGGGAGGUGCCAAGUGGAAGGAAGGAAAGACAACCUUGGCCGAGUGACCUUGGGGUAGAGGAGGGAGGAAGUGGGAUAGCGAGGCGAUGAAUGGGAGAAAGGUAGAGGGGGAAGAGGCCCUACUUAAGGUCGAAGCUGAGGAGAGGAGAAGGAGACGAUGGGAUGUUGGGAAACAAUGGGCCGAGGGAGAAGGCACGAGGGGAGAGGGUAGGAGUGUGAGCUGGGGCCAAUUGAGACGGAGAUGGAGACGGAGACGGAGACGAUAUGCAUGGAAGCUCAGGAUGUUGCACUGGGUCCGUCGACUAGAGCUUCUAGUGCUGCUCGGGCCAGUUGGCUGGGAUGUGUUGGUGGGGGGCGAGAGGGAGGAGGAAGGGAGCAGGAGUAAGAAAAGCCAAGAGUUGAGAGCGGCGACGCGAUACGGAGGGACAUGGAUGUAUGGGGUAGGUCGAAGGCCCCAGGAAAGAGCAAGGACAAGACCAACGACGACAACACGACGACAACACGACAACACGACGACACCAGCGGCGAAGGGGACGGGAGUCAGAGAGCCACUCGGAGAGUGCGAGCAACACGGGCAGCAGUGAAUCACACACACCGUCUCUGACUCCCCGCGCCGGUAAGUCUCACAGAGAGACAGUGGCAGAGACGAUGACAGAGACGAUGCAGCCGGAGAGAGACCCAAAUGGAUCCAAAACACCCAGCAAAAGACGAAUGCG